UUUACUCAGCCAUUUUCCGCGGACACGCUCGUUCACUUCGCUGCAGAAUCGCAAUAGUACCAAUAUUUCCUACCAGUUGGAUAUUCUGUUCCUUGACAGCAAAUAGUUAUGGCAGAGAAUAAACCAACACCGCCUUCUGUUCGCAUGGAUGAAUUUCAGAAUACUGUGAGCGAUUAUGGGACAGAAUUAGCAUGUGUUAAGCGACAGGUAAAAGCAGCUGUGACUCGACAGAAUGAAUUACAGGCAGUCUUAGAAAACAAGAGAACCAUGACUGCUGAGCUGAAUGCUGAACUACAUACACUUCGAGGCAAAGACUUAGAAGAAAAGGAGCGUGAGAAGUUCCACCUGGAGACUGUGAAGGAACUCAACCAACAGCUGAAAGCCUGCAAGUCUCAGCUCGAUUCCAUUCGCGCCCUCACCGUUUCCAUCCAAGAGCAGAUUACGCACAGGGUUGCUGAAUACGAGAGCAAGAGCAGAGAUCUCGUCAGAAGGUUCCAGUCUUUGCAGCUUUUGGAUAAGGAUGAGGAAGCGCCCGCUGAGAUUCUGACGGGGGAACACGCGAAAGAACUACAGAAAGAAGUAACAGAGCUGGAGACAUAUGCUGAAAACCUAUCACGUGCUCCUGGUAUGGACCUUCCUCUUGAUUAUUUGCCCGACUUGAUAUGUGAAGUGAACGUCAAGAUCGGACACACCGAGGAAGAGAAUAAAUCCUUGCAAGAAGACAUGUUAGGUCAUCAGCAAACUUUCCAGAAGUUACAAGAUGCCUAAUUCAAGUCAUAUAGUUAUCUCGCUUGUAGUAGAGAGGAAAGAACCCUUUUGUUUUCUUUAAAAGCCUGUUAUAUUAAAGAUGAAGUUUAUUGUUUCAUAGGAAAGGUUUAUUAUUUAAUUUCUCAUAAUCUGUAUGUUGAAAUCUAAAAAAUAUAUAUGAGCAGGCUUAUAGUCAUGGUUUAAUAACUGAAAUGGUCCUUUGUACUUGCUUUUCGAAAAAAAGUGAUAUCAGAUAUCAGUGAAUGGAAGUGCUGUGCCUGGAGCUAUACGCAGAUUCCAGUGCACAAUUUGUUACUGUGUGUUAAGUAACAGCAUUUUCUUUUUUUUUUCUUUUCUUUUCUGCCACACCAUUUUUGUAAGUGGACAAGUAAUCCACACUAAGUGCAGGUUAAUGUUUCGUGUAGUUCAAGUUGCAAAAUAAAGUACGAAAGUCCAGGUU